UUGGCAAAUGCUCUUCUUUCCUUGUCUCCCCAGGAGAUGUUUGGCUACAAGACCCAAGGUGUCCGGAGGGCCCUUUGCAUUGCUGGAUACCUCUUCUCCUGCGGAGGCCUUCUGCUCCUCUUCUACUGGAAGCCGGAGUGGGACGUCUGGGCCAACUGUGCGCCAUGCAGUCUGGAGGAGGCAGACGUGGUCCUGCUCAGAACCACAGAUGAAUUCCACGUCUACACGCGGAAGAAGGUCUCCUGGGUCUCCCUCUCUGCCCUCGGCCACUUCACCCCGGACCAUCCUGCCUUUGCCGAAGACGGCUCCCUCCUGAGCAAAGUCAUCAUGAAGCCAGAGCUAAAAGUGCGCUGCCUCCGCGUCCAGAAGGUUUGCCACGCUUGGGACACGUCUGCAAAGCGGUUCCUGAAGGUCGGGGCCCUCGAGGAAGGCCUCACCUGCACAGAGGUCCAUGCCAAGUUUGGAGCCGGGCUGAACAGGGAGGAGCAAGACCUAAGGAGGACCAUCUGUGGACCCAACACCAUCGACGUGGAGAUCACUCCUAUUUGGAAGCUGCUCUUCAAAGAGGUCCUGAACCCCUUCUACGUCUUCCAGCUCUUCAGCGUCUGCCUUUGGCUCUCGGAGGACUACAUUGAGUACUCGGUGGCCAUCAUCCUCAUGUCCCUCCUCUCCAUUUCCCUCACUGUCUAUGACCUUCGGAAGCAAUCGGUGAAGCUGCAUCGUCUGGUGGAAUCCCAUAACAGCGUCCGAGUCAGAGUUUGCGGCAAAGAGACAGGCGUCCAGGAGCUGGAGUCGCGGUGCUUGGUGCCCGGGGACCUGCUGGUGUUGGGAGGUGGCCGGAGCCUCUUGCCCUGCGACGCCAUCCUCACCAGCGGUCAGUGCACCGUCAACGAAGGCAUGCUGACCGGCGAAAGCAUCCCGGUGACCAAGACGGCCUUGCCCCUUGACCCCAAGGACCCCCGGCCGUGGCCAGAGAGCUGCGCGGAGGACCAGAGGCGGCACCUGCUCUUCUGUGGGACGGAGCUCAUCCAGGCCAAGGGGGUCGGGAAGGGCCCCGCCAGGGCCGUCGUCCUGAGGACCGGUUUCAACACAGCCAAGGGAGACCUGGUGCGGUCCAUCCUCUACCCGAAGCCCCUCAACUUCCGCCUCUACAGAGACGCCCUCCGCUUCCUCAUGUGCCUCAUCGGGGUGGCGGCCAUUGGCAUGGUCUAUGCCGUCUGCGUCUUCGUCCUCAGCGGGGAGGAGGCUGGCGAGGUGGUCAAGAAGGCCCUGGAUGUCAUCACCAUCGCGGUGCCCCCUGCCCUCCCGGCCGCCUUGACCACCGGCAUCAUUUACGCCCAGCGGCGUCUCAAGAAGAGAGGCAUCUUCUGCAUCAGCCCCCAGAGGAUCAACGUCUGCGGGCAGAUCAACCUCUUCUGCUUUGACAAAACCGGCACGCUGACCGAGGAUGGGCUGGACCUCUGGGGGGCUGUCCUGGCCGAAGGGAAGAGCUUCCGGAGCGCCCACCGCUUCUCCUCCUCCGCCUCUCCGCUGCCGUGGGGCCCGGCCUUUGCCACCAUGGCCACCUGCCAUUCCUUGGUGGUCCUGGACGGGAAGAUCCAAGGGGACCCCUUGGACCUCAAGAUGUUCCAGGCCACUCAAUGGGAAAUAGAAGAUUCCAGCAGCAAUGAUGGGGAUGAUGGCGAAUUUGCACAGGUGUUGGUGGUCAGACCCAGAGCCAAGGCUGAACAGGUAAGCUCAGGCAUCUGUCUCAAACUCAGUGUUGUGGUUCAGUCUGAUGAUGAAGGGGGAUUUGGGUUUAUGCAGGCUGCCCAUGGAAAUGUUGAUGAGAGAAAUGUUGAAGUCUCUGCAUUGUUAAAGAGGCCACAGACUAGCACUGAAGCAGAAGCCUGUGAUAAGGGAUUUGGGGGUGGCCUUGACGCAUUGGAGUCCACCCCUUCUCCUGCACCAAUGCCGCCCCCCUCUCUGUCUGCACUGACCCGCUGGACCUCCGGCCGGUGCCCAGCUCCUCCGCCUCUCUGCCCCCAGGUUGUUCCCGGCGGGGGAGGCCUGGCCGUCUUACGCCAAUUCCCCUUCUCUUCAGCCCUGCAGCGGAUGUCGGUCGUGGUGCGGGAGCCCGGCGGCCGGAGCCACGUCUUCAUGAAGGGGGCACCCGAGAAGGUGGCCCUCUUCUGCCGGCCGGAGACAGUGCCUCCCAGUUUCACCAGUGAACUCCAGCUCCACACCUCUCGGGGCUUCAGGGUCAUUGGACUGGCACACAAGAGCCUCCCGGAAGGAAUGGGAACAGAUUCCCUGAACAGGGAAGAGGUCGAGUCCGACCUGACCUUCCUGGGCCUCCUGGUCCUGGAGAACCGGCUGAAGGGCGAGACCAGGCCUGUCCUGGAGGAGCUCAGGGACGCCCGUCUCCGCACCGUCAUGGUCACAGGGGACAACAUCCAGACGGCCAUCACGGUCGCCAAGGACGCUGGGAUGAUCCCACAGGGGAGCCAGGCUGUCCUUGUUGAGGCAGAUGCUUCGGAUGGUCAGCCGUCCAUCACCUGGAGCCCUUUGGGGGAGAGCAAAGCGGACGCCUUCGGAGGAGCAGAGGAGAGUUGCGCGAAGGUUGGAGGAAGCCAGUACCAUUUCUGCCUGAGCGGGAGGAGCUACGAGGCCAUCGGUCAGCACUUCGGCCACCUGCUUCCGGGGAUCCUCUUGAAUGGAACGGUCUUUGCCCGGAUGUCUCCUGCCCAGAAAGCAAAGCUGGUGCAAGACUUCCAGAAGCUGGACUACUUUGUGGGGAUGUGCGGAGACGGGGCCAAUGACUGCGGAGCGCUGAAGGUGGCCCAUGCGGGGAUCUCUCUCUCGGAGCAGGAGGCCUCCGUGGCUUCACCCUUCACCUCCCAAAUCCCCAACAUCCAGUGCGUCCCGGAGCUGGUCAGGCAAGGCCGGGCUGCUCUGGUUACCUCCUUCUGCAUGUUCAAGUACAUGGCCCUCUACAGCAUCAUCCAGUACAUUGGGGUCCUCCUGCUCUAUUGGCAAACCAACUCCUUUGGGAACUACCAGUUUCUGUUCCAAGACCUGGCCAUCAACACCCUCAUCGGAUUGACAAUGAGCCUGAACGGAGCGCACCCGAAACUGGUCCCCUUCCGGCCCCCUGCCCGGCUGACCUCCCCUCCGCUGCUGCUCUCCGUGGUGCUGAACCUGCUCUUCAGCCUGGCCACCCAGGUCUGUGGCUUCGUCCUGGUCCAGCGGCAGCCCUGGUACCACAAGGAAGACUUCCUCAGGGCUUGUGCUCCAAGCAACAGCAGCUCCCUGGAGCCCCCCUCUGUGGCCAGCCUCACUUUGGGGGUCAGCAGCCUGCCCCCCACAACGGAGGCCCCCCCAGCGAUGGUGCAGGAGGAGGACUACCGGAGUUACGAAAACACCUCGGUCUGGCUGCUCAGCACCAUCAGCUGCCUCAUGGUGGCUGUGGUCUUCUCCAAGGGGAAUCCCUUCCGGAAGCCCAUCUACCAGAACUAUCUCUUUGUCCUGGUGCUGGUGGUCCAGCUGGUCGUCUGCCUCUUCCUCCUCUUUGCCAACAUUGAGGGUCUCUACAUCCGAAUGGAACUCGUUUGCACCCCGAUGCUCUGGAGGGUCUCCCUGCUCAUCAUGCUCUUGGUCAACUUUGGCGUCUCCUUUGUGGUCGAGGAAGUCAUAAUCGAGAACAGAGCUCUAUGGAGGCUGCUGAAGAGGGCCUUUGGCUACCAGUCCUCCAGCCAGUAUAAGAAGCUGCAGAGGAGCCUGAACAGCGACCCGUCAUGGCCUCCCCUGAACAAAACGGACUUCUCUGGAGCUACAGCAAUCCACAUGGACAUGCCGGGUGCCACCUAUAUCAACCCAGGCUUUGAGAGCCAUGGGGAGCCGGCCUGUAGCCUACAUCUAUGACACAUGGUGGCCUUGGCUUGGUCACCAGGCCUGGACAGACCUGAUUGUUGGACGAUCACUAUGAGGCCAUUUUGAGGUGGUGGGAUAGCUUCUAUUUUGUGAAGUAGAGCCCGUCUUGGAAAGGCCGCCUGUUGAGCUGCCAUGCAGUGGUUUGUGGCAACAGUCCAAAGGCAGGACCGGAGAACCUAGGGUGAUGGUGGUGGUUGGUGUGCCAAAAAGAGCCAUUGAACAUGCAAUAUUUUGAGGGGAAAUGGGCAGGACAUGGAGGAACCUCCCAGAAGUGGCCGAGUGAAUUUCGGAGAAUGCCAGAGAUGGACGAAGGUAGGAUUCCCCUUGACACCUGGCCCAUCACACCUCGGACUGUUGACCCAAAAUGGAAGUUCUGCUCUCCAGAGUUUCAGGAGGACUCCUUCCCAGUUUUGAGCCAGUAUCAUGGUUAGCUCCAAUGGUGAGGACGAGUAUCUGGGAGGGUCAACAGAAGAGAUGGAGGCCCAGCAGUCUCCCAGGGCUAGCUUAGACACUGCUGCAGUCCAGCCUUCAGCACUCUGUGCAAGUGGCUGUUAGGAAUUGUGGGAGUUGAAGUCCAAAACACCUGGAGGGCUGAAGUUUGCCCAUGCCUGAUAGAUAUCAUAUCAUCAAAGAGCAAAAGUGUCACUCUCUCAGAUAUCCAAAUGGACAGUUUUGGAUUAGGAGCAUUUCAUAUUUCUAGAUAAGCGAUGCUCAACCUGGAGCAAUGCCAUUGAGACCCUUUUCUAUUUGUUUUUCAAACGAAAUGUUUCUUCUGCUUUACGAUGGAAGGACCAAGUUUUUUCACUUGGGAGAAAUAAUAAUAAACACUAUGAUUCUCAGGA